AUGGAGCCGCGGUCCCGUCUACCUCUCGCAGUCCUCACACUACUCGCCCUCCUCUCUCUCCUCGCCUCUUCAGUCGCUGCCGCCGACGUCUCAGCGGCCGAUGCGCAAGCUGGCACGCUGGCCGCACAGGCAAGCCCUACUGCUAGUAGCAGCGCCGUGGCGGGCGUGGAUCUGAGCCGCGUGGUUCAACUUUUAAACGUGUGUGCUUGUAACGG